AUGUUCAGCAGUAGCAAGAUCGCCGCCGUGUGCCUCGCCGUCGUGGCGCUAACCAACAGUGCGUAUGCUGAGAAGGAGGCCGCCCAGACGUUCGGACUGCUUGGCGCUGGUCUGCACGGUGGUGCGGGACUCUAUGGAGCUGGCGCUGCCGGUCUUCACGGUGGAGCCGGCGUUGGUGCUGGUCUGUACGGUCGAGGUGCCGGCUAUGGUGGUGCUGGUGCUGGUCUGUACGGUCGAGGUGCUGGUGGCGUUGGUGCUGGUCUGUACGGUCGAGGCGCCGGAUAUGGUGGUGCUGGUGCUGGGCUGUUUGGUCGGGGAGCCGGCUACGGUGGCGCUGGUGCUGGGGUCGGAGCUGGCGUUGGCGGUGCGGGCGUCGGUAACGGAUACGGCGGUGCUGGUGUCGGAGGAACUACGGGUGUCGGUGCUGGUGUCGGAGGAACUACGGGUGUCGGUGCUGGUGCCGGUGUCGGAGGUGGUGUGAGUGGUAACGUCGGUGCUGGCGUGGGCGUGGGCGGUAAUGCUGCUGUCGGCGCUGGUGUGGGCGGGGCUGCGAACGGAAGAGUGGUGUCGGCGGAUCGGGCCGGUGUGGGAGGAGCGGCAAGUACUGGUGCGGGUGGAGCUACGACAACGACGGACGGCAAAACUAGCACAUCUACGUCGCAGAACGGCGGGGCCAAGGCAACUGCAACUACCACGACUGCAGGCACGACCACCGGCACCGCCGGCACGGGUGCUUCGACGAAGCAGACAGGUUAUCGCAUGCUGCGGUCGCAGUGA